UCGCCACCAUGGACAGAGAUUUAAACCUACAACGAGCUGAGACCUUCUCCUUUGUCAACCCCUGGAUCAGAUACUUCCUCUUCUUCUUCAGCUUCUUGUUCUGGGUUUUCUCGCUGUUGAUUAUUGCCAUUGGGGUGUAUGCAAAAAUCCAGAAAGCAACAGACACGGUUCGGGACACGUUCCUCAUUGACCCCGCUGUGAUCCUGAUCGUGGUGGGCGUCGUCAUGUUCUUCAUCACCUUCUGUGGCUGCAUCGGCGCACUCAGAGAGAACAUACGCCUCCUCAAGACCUUCUCUUUCAGUCUGACACUGGUCUUCGUCAUUCAGCUGGUGAUCGCCGUUCUUGGCUUCUUCUACUCAGAUCAGACCAGAGACGCUCUGGGCAAGUUUGUGAAGAAGGCCAUUGUGCACUAUCGAGAUGACCUGGAUCUGCAGAACCUGAUGGAUUACAUCCAAAAAGAGUUCAAAUGUUGUGGAUGGAACGAUUACACAGACUGGUCCUGGAACCUGUACUUCAACUGCACACACGAGAACCCCAGCUCAGAGAGAUGCGCUGUCCCAUAUUCCUGCUGCACGCCCGUACCCGGAGAGACUGUGAUCAACACCAUGUGCGGCUUCGGAGUCCAAACCCAGAAGUUCCUGGAGGCCAAUAAGUCCAUUUACCCCGUGGGCUGUGCAGACCGGGCCGUGCUGUGGAUGGAGACGCACUUGCUGCUGGUGGGAGCCCUCGCCCUGGGCCUGGCUCUGCCCCAGAUCGCUGGAAUAGUCCUGUCCCAGAUCCUCAUCUCGCAGAUCCAGGACGAGAUCAGCUCCGUGCUGUGACGGCCGCACAAGGACUCAGAGGACCAGAAAAAGGACAAAACAGGACGAAGAGGACGAAGAGGAGGAAGAGGAGGAAGAGGAGGUCCAGGACGGGCUUUGAUUUGGUUUGCACAUGGAUGGUAUUUUUACUUAAACAUAAGUUA